UUAUGAAACACCGUUUCAAAUGGGAAAUCAGAAAAAACGUUGAAAUGGAAAAUAUCUUAUAGAUUUUCGGCAUUUAGAAGGACUAAUGUUAGAUUAUAAGGACAAUGUCACGUUAUGAUAUAGAGAAGUUUGACCCUCCGCCAGAUCCGGAUCUCGUUUGUUGUAUAUGUCAGUGUGUGCUAGAUAAGGCUGUUGAAUGCCCCUGCCGCCACGUCUUUUGUCAGGGCUGUAUAGAACGAUGGCUUACCAACCGUCACACAUGCCCAACAUGCAGGAAGCGUACACGCAAGCAGGACCUCAAACCUGUUCUUCCACUGGUGCAGAAUAUGCUAAACAGGUUGUUGAUGAUAUGUGAGUAUCGAGACAAUGGAUGUCUGGAGAAGAUCAUGCUGGAGCACUUUGAACGUCACAUCAAGAAUUGUGGGUAUGAGAUGAAGACAUGCAGGUUUUCUAAGUGUGGUGUCAGAAUUUUACGAAUGCAUCUUGAAGAUCAUGAAAACGAACAGUGUGAGCAUAGGGAGACGGCAUGUGAGGGUGAAUGUGGACUGAUGAUUCCACUGAGUGACAGACCAACACAUAACUGUGUAGCUGCCCUCAAGGCUCAUAUUGAUGAAAAGAACAGAAUGAUAGAGCAACUGAAAGUCAAGUUACAUGAACUGAACAACCUAUCCCAAUCACUGAAUGACCAGCUUGUUGAGUUACGACAACAACUUAACGAUAGGAAUCACAUUUUCAGUUCGGACAGCUCGGAUAGUAGCGAGAGUGAUGUUACCGAUUUCAUGUCCGACGAUCUGAGCCGAGAUUCUUUCAGGGAUUCCUGGUUUGAUAGUGCGGCAUCAAAUAUUUCGGCAGAUAACGCGGACAAUGCCUCAAAUAACGACACAGGCCAGGAUAAUAAUAAUAAUGCUGGUAAUGCUGAAGGUUCGGAUGUAGUUGAGCAGGUUGAAAGAACAGUGGUAAAUAGUCUCUUUGAACUUUCAUCAAGGUUAGAGCGUGUUCGUAAUCAAAUGAGAGCAGUGCUCAACUCUAGACUUGUUCAAGAUCAGAACAACCUGAAUGAUGACGUCAGAAUCCCUUCGGCUGCAGAGCUGGAUGCAAUCGUAAAUAGCAACAGUAAUGAGAAUAAUAAUGCUUCAGCUCCAAAUACUUCGGAAAAUUACAAUAACGGUCAAAAUGAUGACGAUCGUAGAAAUGAUAAUGGACAAAACGGAGAUAACAAUCAUUCUGACAAUGAUACUCGUUAUUAUACUGAGGAUGAAAACCAUUCAGAUGAUAGGUACUCAUAUGCAAACGAUAGCCGUUGGAGUAAUUUAACUGAAGAGAACCGACCAGCAAAUCCAGCUGGCUCCGAUGUAAGUGAUUUGAACUGGAUAUCUGAUUCUGAUACUAAUCAUACGCCAUACAAUCGCUCCCCAAAUGCUUCAACACGUUCACCUGAAUAUGAAAGGUAUACUCCAUUUAGGAACGAGAGUCGCAACUACAACAACCAGUAUAUAUCGGAGCAUGUUAUACUCUCCCAGCCUCCAGAUUCACCUUCAGACACAACCGGAAGUUUUUCAAGUAUUCCAUCGACAUCGUCAAUGGUAAACAGCCCCUCAAGGGAGGACGACAAUGAAGAUUCAAUGCAUGGCUCUUUUCUUACGGCAACACCUGCAACAGAUAACCAUUCUAGUCCAGCACAUAGUAAUAGAAGCCUCUUCAACACUACAGAUAAUAAUUCUAGAUCCUCCAUGAGUUCUUCACCCAGGUCACCCGAUUCUUGUAGAAAUGACGAAGUCAGUGACCAUCACUCUACAAAUAUUUCAAAUUCGAGUCCAGCACAUUCAUUGUCAUCAGUGACUUCAGCAAGUGAGGGGAAUAGUUCAAAAUCAGAAGCUAGUCAUUGUAGCUCAGAUGAAAACUAUUGUUCAUCAUUUAACAGUCAUGAUGACAAGUCAGACACAAGUUCAAAAAGUUCACCAAGAAGUCACUCUAGCGAUUUCGUAGAUUCUGAAACUGAUGACAGUAGAAAUGUUGAAACUGCACUGACUGGUAGUAAGGUCGAAAAUAAGAAAGACUGUUACGAAACAAGUCACGUUGAUAGUAGUUUAGAUUAUGAACAUGGAGAAAGCCAUGAGGAAAGUCAAAAUGGUGAUAAUGUUUCAGAAACUAGCAAUGAAGGCCUAUCACAUCAUGAAGAUCAAGCAGAAUCUAAUGACAUCGGAGACAACCAUCAUCAAGAUAAUACCAGUGCAGUACAAGAAAACCGUGUUUCAAGAUGUGAACCAGACAGCACACAAAGUCCAUCUACUAUCCAGCAACAUCAGAACUUCAGUUCAGUUGUUGGCUUAAGUGCUAGUAAUCCGUUGUUGAUUUCAACUGCGACAGAAUCCACAGAUUCGGACAAUUCGGAAUCAAUGAAAUACAUUACAAAACGUGUAAGGCGAAGUGAUACAUGUAGGUCUGCAGAAAACUCUGCAGAUAUUAAUCAACAGGAGGGAGUAAGAAAUAUUGUAUUGAAUGAAAGCACUGACCCAGGUUCUACUGUUGACAGUGGUUUUAUAACUGGUUCAAGCAGUCCCACAGAUGUUGUUAGUCAACCAUCUGGUAAUUCUAAAAAAUCUUCUAGCCGUAAAAGGAAGCAUACUUUUAGUAAUUUUGAAUCAGAUGAACAUAAGAAGAGCAAAACAAGUGGAGAUCCGACAUACAAUACCAGUGAUCAAACCUGUCAGUCUUCAAAAGACACAAAUACGCUUUCGGAGACCGUUACAAAUAAUUCUAAUAUCAAUAGAUACGGAUUUAGGAAAAGAGGACAAGAUAAUGAUAUUAUUUCAGUCAGCGACUGUAAGAAAAAUAAAACCAGUGGAGUUAAUUCACAGCAUUUAAACGGGCAAACAAAUGUGCAUCGUUCUAGAACAUCUCCCCCACGUAGUAGGCAGUCCUGGCGGGAAACUUCUCAACAUUCGAGAAGAAAUAAUAGAACAAGUGCAAGUAGAAGAAAUAACCAGUCAUGCAUCAAUAACGAUAACAAUGGACAGAGUUUGAAUGUUAAAAUAGAUUUGUCGUUGAUAAAUUAUUCUGGACGUCUUGGUAGCGAAUCCACAAGUUCUGCAAUCCCUACAGCAACAGUUGUUCACAGUGCUAAUAUAUCACCAAUUGCAACAGCUUCAUCAGCUAAAAGAGAACCAGGACAUACAAAUUCUCGUCAAAAUAUUUCUGAUAACGGUAUUAAAUCAAGUACACCAAAACAAGACGAUGCAUCGUACAGAAACAACCAUAGACAACGUUCAUCUAGAUCACAAAGACAUGAAUCGCUGUGUUCAACAAGGAAUGCAAACAAUAACACUAGUCCUGUUAGGGUGGCAAAUAAUACGGUUAAUACCAGCAACCGAGACUUUCCGAACUCCUGGCGGGACAGUUCCGAUAGUAGUUCAGAUAACACAUGGGAACCAGGCUCGGACUGCGAUGAGAUUGACGAUAGUAGUACGGAAGGGGAUGAUGGGUUUGAUACGGAAUCUAGCUACGAGGUUCAGAUUCCAAAAUCUACAGCAGCGUUGUUGGAGGAGUAUGCCUCGGAUGAGUCAGAUGAGAGCUGGAAAGUUGGAAUGAAUUAAUAGUUUUCUUCAUCAUGUGCGAGCGUAAUGAACUAUGUGCUACUUUCUUUUACAGAUACAGAGAAUUGUUGUUGUUUUUUUCUCAGUGAUAGUUAUUUAUAUUAAGAUAAUAGAAAGUUUAUUUCUUUGCAAAAGGUCUUUAACUCGUACAAAUGUACUAUUAAGGGGCCAGAACUUUUUUCUGUGCUGGAACAAUUUCUAAUACUGUGUAAUAUAAAUGAAAUGAGGAUCUAUUGCACGUCUCAUCAGGUUUCAUAUAGUACUCGGAAGUCUUAUUUAAAAUGCUGUUUUUGCCUUCAUUUAUUGCGAAUCAACUACGACUGUGUACAGACUUGAAAACAGUCAUUUAGAAAUGAAAAACUUUGCGGUCUUUUGAAUGAUUUUAAUAAAAAUGAAUUCCAGCAUUCCUAACUUUUCAGGAUCUUAACUUAGUUUCUAGAGACCGCCUUUUUCUGAAUUACAUUUUUUUUUCAAUCAAAUACUGAUGUAGGAAAUGUAAAUUCGAUCUUAGCACUUGCUUUAUGUGAUGGAGGUUGUCUCCUGACUUUUGGAUGAUUUUCAAGAAGUCCCAAUGUGGUUUUUACCUGUUGAAAUAGGCAAAAAAAUAACACUCAUUCAGGGUUUCAGAAAUCUGCAAAUUUAUUAGUAGCCCAUUGGGCUACCAAAAUUUUAAUCUGGUAGCCCGAACAUUUAAGUUUAUUUGGCAAUGGCCAUUUCGGUUUAUUUAUGUGCUUCUAUACUACAGUGGAUGGAAUGAUUUAAUUUCCUAAUUUUAGCCAUACGCACAUUGUUAUAAAUUUUGUUCUCUUAAUUUUAAAAGAUAAAACUAGAUGUAUUUAAACUGAGAAAUAUUACCAGGAGUACUCCUGAUAGUUAUUGCAACAUGGCAAUAUAAAAGGAAUGCGAAUCAAUUUUUAUAAACUUGCAAAUUUUUUAGAGCUGUAUGAAUUGUAAUUUAUCUCAAAAUUAUUUAAAGUUGACAUAAUAAUUCUGUCUGAUUCUAAACAUCUGUCUGGUUUAAUAAACGUACUAGAACCGCGUAUAUAACGUCUCAAUUUCUUGGCACUGUAUAUUCACUUAUCCGAAAUUAUGUUUGUCCAAAAUUCUGUAUACUUUCUGAUAUUUUGCUAAAUCAUGGUCGAUUUUUUUGCAUGUUAGGCAAGUAUUUAAAUUGAAAAGCAUAAACAGUCAGUGUAGGCACUAAACUGCCUCAAAAUCAAACGUCUAUUCUUUCUGAUCGCUCGAUAAAUAUUGAGGUCAGCGAAACCGAAAGUACACUUUGGCAGGUGGCGCUAAAAUGACGUAAUUUUAAGACUGGUUUGCAUAUUGUUUUAAACAAUACCGAUCAGCGUCUUUGAUGUUAUUGGAUCAGUCUAAAAUCACUUGUGCACAUGUUUUUGUAAAAAUUUGCCUGCGGGUACGAUUAAACGGUUAAUUGUUUGCCGAUUGUGACAGUAGGUGGUAAGAUAAUUAAAGUCUCGGGUGUAUCUCUUGAUGAACAAGGGGAUUAUAGACAGCUAUCAAAAUUAUAUUUGAAGACUUAAGUUAUUGAUUUCCGGGCUUGAUUUCAAGGUAGUCCGGCGGGCACACUCUGAAAAAAUUUCGUAGCCCCACAGAAUUUUGUGGUAGCCCCCGGGCUCCGGACAUGGGAUUUCUGAAACCCUGCUCAUUUCCUAUAUUUACAUUUAUGCAAUUGCUUGCUACAAAAAUAAAUUGGUUUGCUUUGAGUUCCAGAAAAUCAAAAUAAAAGCCAGGAUAUCAACAUUUGCAACAUUUUAAUAGCACAGCCCACGUUAAGUAGUAAUUUGCUUCCAAAUGAAAAUAAAGUUCCUGGUUUUUACUUGGAAUAUUGUCAAGUCCAUUGAAAAAUCAUGUAGCUGUGUUAGUUCAGUUUAGACCAUUAUACAGUUAUAGCUAUAGUUUACAGUACUUUCUGAAAUUUUUGUGUCAAGCUUUGUAAAAAUUUGUCUAACUAUGCCAUUUUGUUAAUGUUUUGGGUAUAUGACUUCAGAUUACACAUGCCAAUUCUCGGAUAGGCCCAUCCUUGAUAACAUUAUGCCAUUGUUGUUUGUACAAAAAUAAAUGCCUUUUUCUUCCCAUACAAGGUAUAAUAGUAAAAUUUAUAAUGUAAAUAUUUUAGAAUGCUCCAACACUGCUUUGUAACAUAAGAAAUGUAGUAAAAGAUUACAUUGGAAUUUAAAAUAAAUAGAAAUAUCUUUUCGAGUUGAUGAAACCAGUUCAGCUUAGUUAAUUUGUAUCUUCAGAUGAAUUCAGAUUCCUAAAAUGUUGAAAAAUUUUACCAUGUUUGUGUCAAUAUUUUUAGAAAAGAUGAAUGAAAAUGUGUUGGUUUCGGACAAAAAAUAGCCCAGGAUUUAACACUUAAGUUAGGUUUGUAAAUUUCGCUAUGAAAUUUGUUUGAAUAUUUUUGUUCAGUCUUGAAAUUAGUUUUAUGAAUGAAAAUUGGUACACAUGUAUCUUUGUGAAAUGCAUCUUGCUGAGUAAGUUUUAAAGAAAGAAUGGGACAAAAUGGCAGUAUAUAUUUCUGUUAUGCUGAAAGUCGGUUUGUCGUUCUGCUAUACUAAUACAUAUGCAAGAUUAUCAGUCGAUUAUGAUUGCUGUUUACACAGUCUUCAAGCUUUAUAAUUAUUAUUCUUUUGAACAUAUAUUUAUCAGCUUAACAAAGAUGCAGAAUAAAUGGAAAAUCUG